AUGUCUGAAAAAUGGCAGCGACUGCAUCUCGCGAACAAAGGGAAUACCCCGCCUCUGCUGUUCAAAUAUUCAACGACAGCCAGCGGCUAUGAGCUUUACAUAACAGACCUCAACUAUAUAUGGUCUGAGAAUCUAGACAGGAAGGCCGUUCUCAAGCGAGCUGACGAAGAUGACACCACAAUUGAUCCAAGUGAAGACUUGGAACAGUUUAAAGUUCUCUUGCAGAAAAUCGGGGAGGGCUUGCAGAAUGAGCCUGGAAGCAAAACAUCACUCAAUCCCAAAACAAGAGGAAGCGCUCAUUCCCUGGAGUUCACCGUGACGUCCAAACUACCUGCUCCUCUCAGGCCACUGAGAUGGAAACUGUGUCUGUCCAAGGAGCCGCAGUCUUCCAUGACGAGCCAUUUACUGCUACCAUUUAUCAACGCCGAGGCUGACCGUGAGGCCUGCCAACAGUCCCUUAUUGAUGAGCUUAAUAAGAAGGACUGGGCUCUUGCAAAGAUAUUCGAUAAAAUUGAAGCUAUAGGAGUUGACCUAAGUACCAUCUUUCCCGGUACCUCUGGCCUCCGCAGCGCCGGUCGUAAGGGUCCAACUCUCGCACAGGCUGCGAAGUAUAUUAGGGGACUUGCGCCUUUCAACGAGCAGGCAUGGCGCGAGGAAGUAUUUAAAUCCUCUCCAAAUGCUGGUUUAUCCUCCAACAUCGUGGCGGAGAUGUCCGCUGGCUCGCGGGAUUCCGGAAAGCUCGAUUCAUUGAAUCCUCCACCAGACGAAUGGUGGACAGGCCUCACAAUAUCUGAUGAUACACUAACAGCUUCAACACUUGAAGGCGAUAGUAAGCCUGAGCCAACAGCCAAGCCGUUGGCAGAUGGCAUGGAUAUAGAUGCUGAUGCUGGGUCCGAGACCGGGGAGGAUGAUGAAUUCGAGCGACAAGAAACCCCCCCUCAUUUGAAGAAGCCAGAGAGUACGCCACAAAAGUCCACUUCGACUCGAAAGUACGAGGAUGAAGUCACACAAUCAGAGGACGAAGAAGCAACCUUCCCAAAACGUAAAAAGGAAGAAGAAACUAAGUCCAGGAUGGACGAUCAGCCGCCCCCUGCAAUGCGUCCCAAAGCCGCCCCAGCAGGGAAGCCAAAAGGUCUUGGUAAAAUUGGGGGCAAGAAGCAGACGAAACCGAAAUCACCAACACCAACACCGACAUUGUCACCGUCACCUUCACCGCAACCUCGUAAGACCGCUGCAGCAGAAAGUCCCUCCCCUCCACCAGUUAAAAAACAACAACAACCUGUAAACAAUGACGACGAUGAAACAACAGAUGGCGACACAGACGAUGAAGCCCAACCUAAAUUGCAACCAAAACCAAACACCCAGGACAACACGAAACCGGCCGCUAAGCCAUCCCGCGGGCUAGGCUUUAUUGGAGGCAAAAAGAAAAAACAGCCAACCCCAGAACCCGAACCCCAGCCUGAAUCGGAAUCAGACCUGGAGUCAGACGGCGACAGGAUACUUCCAUCCCGGGCCCAAUCACAAUCCCGGGCACCAGAAGCACAACCACAAUCUCCAGCGAAAAAGAAGCCUCUUGGUAGGAUAGGCGUCAUCGGGGGACAAAAGAAAGACAAGGCCAAAGAACAGAGUACGGAGAUGACGGAGCUUACACAGACAGAGACCACCUCUCCGCCAGCAGCGAAGACGACGAAGACGACGAAAGCGACGCCAGCGCAAGAAACAGAUGACGAAGAGAUCAAACGGGAGGAAGAAACACGUACUAGCUCUCCGCCUAAAGAGAAAAAGGUGGUGAAAAAGGAAACACCAAUAGAGCCAGAGCGCGAGGAGACGGAGGAGGAAAAGGCCGAUAGGAAGCGGGAGGAGUUGAAGAGGCAGCUUGAGGCAAAGAGUAAAGCCCCUGCGAAGAAGAAACGGAGGUUUUAG